GUGAUAAACAGGCUACAUCUUAAUUGCUUAGAUAAGAAACACAAUUAUAAAGAGGAUUUUUACGAUAUUUCCAGACAAUUAGUACGUGUAUCGAUCAAUAUGUUAGGCGUGCUCAUUUUUGUGACCUUUGUGUCUUUGGCUUUGGCAUUGCCCCCCCAACAAACUGGAUCGGAACCAGCAGAACCAUCUACCAGAAUUGUUGGAGGAAGCUCUACAACAGUCAACGACAUCCCUUAUAUUGUACAAAUAAAUGAAGGCUAUCCAGACUGCGGUGGAUCAAUUAUAGCAAGACGUUGGGUAGUCACCGCAGGUCACUGCUUAGAAGGAUCGGAUGUAAAUAUUUAA